AGAGAGACCCGUUGCUAUAUUUAUGUCCACACGAACCAAAGGAGAAAGAAAACAAUUGAACCAACGUAGAAAGAGACCAAUUUUUGAGUUUUUUUCUGUCUCCUAUUUUUGUGUUGGGAGAAACAUAUGAACCAACGUAGUUGGCGGGCCGUUUUUGCUUCCUUGCCUUGUAAAACUGCAGUGUUUUUACCGCCUCCUGUUAUUUAUUCAACUUUCUUUCUUUCUCUUCUGAGAUCCUCCCAUGGCUUAAAGAUUGCUCCUUUCUUUCCCCUUUCGAUUCCAAAUCGCUCAUUUCCCAAAACCCAAUUCUCCAAAUCUCUAAAGGAUUCGUGGGUAGGCGUAAAUUUGCAAGUUUUCAAUAGGAAAUUGGGUUCUUAUACUAUAUAUAUAGAGAGAGAGUGAAGAGACGGGGGGAGCUGUAAGUCACAGACAGUUGAGGUGAGUGGGAAAGUUUGAAGGUUUGGGCAGAAUGUGGAGAUGGUGUAAGAGCAGUGGUGUGUUGGUGAGACAAAUGGGGUUGGGGAAGCCCAACGGCCCCAACCCAUGUUUUGGAUUCAAGGGUUUUGCUAAACAAGAAUGCGGGUUGUUGAAUUUUCCUGCAACUUCGUCUUUGGCCCUGAUUCCGAAGAGGAGAAUGUCGUCUUCUGGUGAUUUCAGCGGCGGAGUGGGAGGAGCAGCAGAGCUGAGCAUAGGAGGAGAGACGAUAUCGUUUGCGGAGGCCAAGAGGCUGAUGAGGCUGGUGAAUGUGGAGGCUUUAAAGGCCCAGCUUGGGACAGAGGAGAAAGAGGCAAUACCGUAUUCUCAUCUUCUGGAGGCGUGCCAGAGCAUUGGGGUUGCCAGAUCGCCGGAAGAGGCUGCUGCUUUUGCUCGGGUUCUCGACGAGGCCGGCGUCAUCCUUUUGUUCCGGGACAAGGUCCUCCUGCAUCCUAAUAGGGUUGUGGAGCUAGUUCGAAAAGCAGUACCCCUUGCUUUGACUCCGGAAGAUGACCCCUUGUGGGCGGAGUUAAAAAAGCUGCAAGAGAAGAAGGAAGAAAUCGAUGUGUUGGCACAUAAGCAGGUCCGGCGCAUUCUCUGGGCUGGUCUGGGGGUGCUCCUGACACAGCUCGGGCUCUUUUUCAGGCUAACAUAUUGGGACUUCUCAUGGGACGUAGUGGAACCACUCGCCUACUUCACAACAACAGCUUGCAUUGGCAUAGGCUAUGCCUACUUCUUGAUCACGUCAAGAGAUCCAACUUACCAAGAUCUGAUGAAGAGGCUCUUUCUCAGGAGGCAGAGGAAACUGAUCGAGCGUCAUAAUUUUGAUGUCGAAAAGUUCAAGGAGAUCCAGAGAAAAUGCGGCAUACCUCUACACGCCAGUGCCUCGAUUAAGAAUCGUGUAGGCCUGGAAAUAGAGCUCGACGACGCUUUACAUAGAGAUUAACACCUUCAAUUUUAUACUUUUGGCCGGGGUGGGGAAAAUGCAGGAGGUUAACUCAGACUCUUCUGUUUUGUUACAAUCUGGCCCCUCCUGGUUUUAUGUAGGUAGGGGGCCAAGAAAUUUUUGAUUUUAACAUGUUGCUUCUGACCUACCUUUCAAAAUAUUUGUCACAAAUACCUAAUUUCAUGCAGAGCUUCUGCUUUUAACCUAGGGAAAAUGCUAUGGACACCGCCUUAUGUACCA